AUGUUACACAUCAUCAGAUUAUUUUGCUUAAUAUUGAAUUUGAUCAGUGUCUUAAAAUGUGAUGACAAUGUGGCGCAAAUUGCAGAAGAUAUUUUGAUUAAAUUUAAAAAAGAGAUGAAAAAAUUACCAGCUGACGAAAAUUAUAUGAUCAAACACAUGUGUGAUACAUUAAAGUCGAAUGAUGGCAGUGAUACUAUCAAUCUCUAUACAUUACCAAAAAUGUUAAAAUAUUUAGGAUUUCAAUCGGAUGGAGUAAAGAAAGACACAUGGGCUUCGUCUUAUCAAAGAAAAUAUGGUCAAACAUCAUGUUUUGCAGCUAUGCAAUCGGCAGCUACUAAAAGUCGAACAGAUGAAUAUGAAGGAACAUCAACAGUAAAUAAUAUUUUCAACAAAUGUUGUCGUAAGAAUGAGGAUUUAUGA